UCGAUCGACAAGCGUAGGGUAGGGUAGGAGUAUUAAGAGUAAAUAUUUUCUAUAUGACUUUUUCUCAAAUUUAUCAUCACUCGUGUAUUCAUUACUAAGCAUGGAAUUAAGUGACGAAUAAGUGCUUUGAAAAUCAACGGCCCUCUUGUCUGAGGGGAUCCAUACAGUGUCCCAGUAGUGACCAGUGGAUAACUAGCCUCUCAGGAAGAAAAAUGGCACAAGUGGGGGCGAACAUGGAAUACCAAGAAUACAAAUGGGCCUAUUCAAUCAUGGAUUCUUCAAGAGUCUCUGCGUGCCUGAUAUCUAUGCUCCUGAUCGUCUAUGGCAGUUUCCGAUCUUUGAAUAUGGAACGCGAGGCGAGAGAAAAGGCGGAACGCGAAAAAGAAGCUUCCUUAUUAGGCAAUAAGACACCGCCAAGCUCUUCAUCUAGUAGUAAUGUACAAACAUUAAACACGAUGCAGGCGUUGUGUUUCCCUCUUGGGUCAUCAGUGGCCCUGCUAGUUAUGUUCUUCUUUUUUGACUCCGUGCAAACACUCGUCGCGAUAUGUACAGCCAUUGUAGCCUGUGCAGCCCUAGCGUUUCUCCUAACCCCGCUGUGCCAGUAUGUGGCUGGAGGAAGUCGGGCUGCACUGUGCGGCCGGUACUCAGCCCCCGAGUUGGCCGCAGCUCUUCUCGCCGCUGCUAUAGUUGCUGUCUGGGUGUUAACUGGACAUUGGCUGCUAAUGGACGCUAUGGGCAUGGGUCUGUGUGUGACCUUUAUUGCGCUGAUCCGUCUGCCGUCGCUGAAGGUGUCCACUCUUCUACUCACGGGUCUACUUCUUUAUGAUGUCUUCUGGGUGUUCUUCUCGUCAUAUAUAUUCACUGCCAAUGUUAUGGUCAAGGUUGCUACCAGGCCAGCGGAAAAUCCUAUGAACGUGGUCGCACGUCGCUUGCAGCUGGGCGGGGCGAUGCGAGACGCGCCCAAACUGUCCCUUCCUGCCAAACUCGUCUUCCCUUCCAUGCAUCAUCAGGGACACUUCUCUAUGCUUGGUUUGGGUGACAUAGUGAUGCCUGGCCUGCUGCUGUGUUUCGUGUUGCGCUACGACGCAUACAAGAAGGCCACGCUUGUGUGUCAGAUGGGACAAGUUCCGGGUCCACGUUCUAUGGGUUCCCGUCUAACUUACUUCCACUGCUCUCUACUGGGCUACUUCCUGGGACUACUGACAGCGACAGUAUCCGCGGAAGUGUUUAAGGCGGCUCAACCCGCGCUACUUUACCUCGUGCCCUUUACGCUAUUGCCGCUACUCACUAUGGCAUAUGUCAAGGGUGAUCUAAGAAGAAUGUGGAGUGAACCGUUCAUAGCGCCACCGAACGGCAAGUUGGGGGCUGACUUCGACGUCUGAAUGAAACUUUUCAUCUUAAAACUUAUGGGUUCUCAGCCAAUGGUCUAAAACAGGUCCUGCAUAACUAUUUAUACUUAAAAAUGUCUGAAUUUAUUUUAUAAAUAGUUGACUAGGAAACAAACGGAUAUAUACGCUACAGUCCGUCGAGACUCGCUUUAGAUCUAGUUUGAAUUAGUGAGAAAAUCAUUAUAAAACUAAAAAUGCUUUACCACGAAUUUUGAAAUCCUAUAUGUUUUAAAAUAUUGAGAAAAUGGCAGAGAUAUAUGCAAUUUUUAAACAUGCGAAAUCUGACGAUCUAAUUGUAUCGAAAUGUACGUUUGUAAUGUUUUUAAUGUUAACUUGCAAAAAUUAAUAAAAAUAGCUAGUGAAUCAGUGUUAGAAUAUAAUAAUUUGAAACAUUCAACUGUCAAAGCUGAUGAACUUUAUAAUGGUUUGAGAAAUCUACAGAAAAGCAUUAAGUUAUAUAUGUAUGCAUGCUCUGUUUUGAGCUUUAAAUGAAAUGGUAUUGUACUAAAAUUGAUGUCUAUUAUACCAGUGACCAUUUAAACUAGCUGUUGUAAAGAUUUGCGAUCGACGCCGUGAUUUAAAUCAAGUUAAGAGAAUUAAACUUCUUUUUUUAUGUCUUAUUGACAUACUUAAUGUCAAUACUCAGUCAAUAUCCCUGAAAAACAUUGAAUUCUAAAUUUAAACUAUGGUUACAUUUUGAUGCCCAUAGAUUAUAUAUUUUAAAUCCUUUAUUGCUCUAAUUUGUAACUCAGGUUAGUUACCAAUUUAGGUUGUGUGAUUGGUGAAAUUAUUCAAGAAUAAAAAUCUUUAUGUAACGUUAAAUUUAUGAAUACAAGAUGCCUCGGAAAUACACAUUAAGUGAAAUUAGUUAAAUAGAAAUAUUUGUUGCAAUUUACAAUAAAAUAAUCCUCUGUGUAAAGUAGGAAUAGAAAAAAUUGUUCCCACUAUGCUUACGUGUGCGAAAGUUAUGGUAAAAAAAAAUGUUUUGUAAACUUUUUUCUUUAACAACUUACAAUCUUGUAAUUAACGUUAUUUUUUUACAUUCGAGUUUUUACUAAAAUGACUGAUUUGAUCUAAAAAUAUUUUCCCUCUGUAUGUUCAUGUAGAAAUAAGCAUAAAAUAAAGAUCAAUCUCAUGUAUAAGUAGCCAGUACUUGUAUGAAAACUUUUUAAUAUUUACUGUUUUUAAAUGUUUAUUAUGGUUGGUGUUGAACAAAUAUGUAUGACUUUUUCAUUCAAUGUUAGGAACUGAUGUUAUGUGUAUUUAUCAAUUGGCAUAAUUAAUAUUGCUUAUUAUUUCUUAGGUAUCAUGCACAGAUAGUUUUUUCCUUACAAACAUAUCGUCUUUCUUUUAAGGUUUAAAAAAUAAUUUCUGAACAAAGUUAUAUUCAUGAUUAAAGGAAAUUUAAAAUGGUACCAGACGACAAAUAUUAGAAAUUAUUAUUUCUGCAAGAUUUUCAUUUGAGUAAUUUUUAUUUCCUAGUUUAAAAGAAUAAUCUUAGUGUUCUUCGUUUAUCACUGCCCUGAAGCCACAUUAAACAAUCCUUUUAAACUUUUUGAUAGUAUGUUCAUUGCAUAGCCAUAUGGCUAUGGUUAUGGCUCAUAUCUAAAGCAUAUAGUUUGACGAGUGCAUGGCUAAAACUUGUUAAGUGAAUUGAUAAACCAUGGUCUGAUUAAUUUGAUUAAGGCACAUUUUAAUAAAAUUAGAUGUUAAGUUAUGUGAAUAAUUUUUUUAUGAAUUUACAUGAAUUAAUUUGCGAUUAGUAGUUUUAAGUUAAAAUUAUACAAAUCGUAACCUAAACAGUAUUUUUCAAUGCAAAUAAUAUUGAGGCUGCUGCUUCAACAGAAGAAACAUCCUUUUGCUGAACAGAUUACAGAAUUUGUUUGCUUGCCUUAGUGGUGGUUUUUUUUACUUGAUUUGUUCCCUAACUUGAAAUACUAAAAGAUAAGUCGUUUUGUAAACUAACCACCCUGUUUUGUUGGAACCUUACUUUUGUACUAUGUAGGAUAUUGACAAAUUAAUAUUUUAAAAUGUCAUCAUUUUCCUAAAAAAGCUGUCAUAACUUUUCAUACUGUAUUUGUUAGAUAUUAUAAUAUAGAUAUGAGAUUUUCAAAUGUAAAUAUCUAAAAGUAUGUGUAAGAUUAAUGUAACUGUUUCAUUACAUCACAAGUAGAUUAAAAUGUAUAUAAAACCCACACAACAUUCUUAUUCAAAAUAGGAAAAUGC